AUGAUGAAAGAAAAUCCAUUUUCUGUUUUUAAAUAUCAACCAGUGUUUAAAAUAGAUAAAUAUAAAUUAAAAAAGGAUUAUUUUAAGUUAAUUAAAUCUAAUCAUCCCGACAAUCCUAUUUCAUCCAAUACCAUUGAUGUUAGUAAGAUUAAUGAUGCAUAUAAAAUUCUCAAUGACGAUUAUUUAAGAGCUAAAUAUUUAACUAAAGAUGUCGAUAAUAAAUAUAUAAAUGAUAAUAGAAAUGAUUUAUUCCUUUUAGAAUGUUUAGAGAUUGAAUCUAAAAUUAAUGAUGGUUUUAAUUUAGAUUUUAUUAAAAAAUAUUUAGAAAACAAAAUAGAAGAAUGUAAAAGAAACUAUAAAAACAUUUCUUAUUUUAAUAAAUGGACUUAUUAUAGAAAUUUAUUAAAUAAAAUUAGUUGA